UCCGCCCGGGCCCCGGUGUCCGGGCCUCACCUGCCCGCAGGCCCGGGAGCCGCCCACAGCUGAGGGCCGUCCCCGCGGCCGGCCGAGCGGGGAAGGACGACACGCGAGGCGCGGGGGUCCGCGCGGAGGCCUGGAGGGCGCGGCAGGGCAUGGUGGACCCCUGUGCUUGUGCAGAGGACAGGGGACCCCGGAGCAGCCGUGCCCGCGCGCUGCCCUCGUGGGGCGUGGUGACCUCAGCCUAGGGAAGUGGGCAGCCCAGAGCCUGCCCGUCUCCGUUAAGUGCCCUUAGGAUGCAGUGAUUGAGGAAUUAGCUCUCCCUCCGGGAGGGGCACUGCCUGCGCUUGUGAACUCGGUGCAGAGAAAAAGGACAGAACGAUGCUGUCCGAGCAAGCCCAAAAGUGGUUUCCAACGCACGUGCAGGUCACAGUGCUCCAAGCCAAAGAUCUGAAGCCAAAAGGCAAGAGUGGCACCAAUGACACAUACACUAUAAUUCAGCUGGGCAAAGAAAAGUACUCCACCUCUGUAGCUGAGAAAACCCUUGAGCCAGUCUGGAAGGAAGAGGCCUCUUUUGAGCUACCUGGAUUGCUAAUGCAGGGGAAUCCAGAGAAAUACAUUCUUUUCCUCAUAGUUAUGCACAGGUCCCUGGUGGGACUGGAUAAAUUUUUAGGGCAGGUGGCAAUCAAUCUCAAUGACAUCUUUGAGGACAAACAAAGAAGGAAAACAGAGUGGUUCCGAUUAGAAUCCAAACAAGGAAAAAGAGCCAAAAACAGGGGUGAGAUAAAGGUCAAUAUUCAAUUUAUGAGGAACAAUAUGACAGCAAGUAUGUUUGACUUAUCAAUGAAGGACAAAACAAGAUCUCCUUUUGCAAAAUUAAAAGAUAAGAUGAAAGGUAGAAAAAAUGAUGGGACGUUUUCUGACACGUCUUCUGCAAUCAUUCCAAGUACUCCCAUUCCUGAUACCAGUAUUGAAUUUUCAAGUGGUGAAAUCCAAAUGAAAUCCAAACCAAAAAAGCCUUUUCUUUUGGGUCCUCAGCGACUCUCUUCAGCACAUUCAAUGUCUGACUUGACUGGGUCCCACGUGUCCUCUGAGAAACUGAAGUCUGGCACCAUAGGUCAAACGCAUCUAAUUGGACGCCAGACAGAUUCCUUUGGAGCAGUUACAGAAAGUGGAAGUCUCAAAUCUCCACACAGAAGAACAUUAAGCUUUGAUACUUCUAAAAUGAACCAACCUGACAGCAUUGUGGAUGAAGGUGAAUCGUCUUUCGGAAGACAAAGUGACCCAUUUACAAAUGUGACUGCUUCAUUACCCCAAAAAUUUGCAACACUGCCAAGGAAAAAAAAUCCAUUUGAAGAAAGCAGUGAAUCAUGGGACAACAGCAUGAAUUUAUUUUCAAAAUCAAUUGAAGUAAGAAAAGAAAAUAAAAGAGAGAAAAGGGAGAAAGUUAGCCUGUUUGAAAGAGUGACUGGAAAGAAAGAUAGCAGGAGAUCUGAUAAACUUAACAAUGGGGGAUCUGAUAGCCCUUGUGACUUGAAAUCACCUAAUGCAUUUAGUGAAAAUCGUCAGGAUUAUUUUGAUUAUGAGUCAACUAAUCCGUUUACAGCAAAAUUCAGGGCUUCAAAUAUAAUGCCAUCUUCAAGUUUUCAUAUGAACCCGACAAGCAAUGAAGACCUCAGGAAAAUCCCGGACAGCAACCCUUUUGACGCCACUGCAGGGUAUCGUAGUCUUACCUAUGAAGAGGUCCUACAGGAGUUAGUGAAACACAAAGAACUCCUUAGAAGGAAAGACACGCACAUCCGGGAACUUGAGGACUACAUCGACAACCUCCUCGUGAGGGUAAUGGAAGAAACGCCCAGUAUUCUCAGAGUGCCAUAUGAACCCUCUAGGAAAGCUGGCAAAUUCUCCAAUAGUUAGUAAAGCCAGUUGCACUGCAUUUAUAAUUGGAAAAAGAGAGAGAAAGAAAGAAAAAGGAAAAACUUGUUACUGACAGAGGUUACACUAUCAGGUUUCAUUAUAUACUUCAUUGUGAAAAAUUGUUUUACUCAUAAAUAUUAGCAGGGACUAUCAAGAGUGACUUUUGAAGUGAGCUAAGUAAUUUAAACUUUUAAAGUGAAAAUGGGCCAGAUUCUCGGUGAAUAAGCAGUUCCUUAGGAUUCACUUAGGUGCUGGUGCCGGCCCACUAAUCUGCCACAGGACUAGAAAUAUCUUCAGAAGUACAUGAGUUACUCCUCAGGAACAGAUUUUUCAUAAAGCAGAGUUGAUACUGUGGUUGGUGUCUCAGAAGCCAAUUUGUGGACAUUUAGCUACAGACUACUGAUCAUUAAAAACACUAGUAAAAAACAGUUAAUAUUUUAUAUACAUAUAUGCGUACAUGAAUAUAUGUUCAUGUAUCUUUGUAUAUAAAAUACAUGCGUAUACCUCAUAUAUACAUGUGCUUUUAGAACAUUUAAAAAUAACUGGUUGCCUCUAAGAUUAGGGUACCAGUUUCUUAAUUUGAAAAAGUGUGAGUGCUUUAUCAGUGCAAGACAAGUCAUCAUUAGUACUAUCAUGGUUUGUUCUAGAGAAGCUGCUUCAAAUCACUCUUGACUAUGUGGACCUUGGCUUCAGAGUGAACUGCUGCAUAUUAUUCCAGCAUCAAAUUUUUGCUCUUUUUCCAAAAAUAAUGACCUAUAGUCCUUUUUAAAAUAAUGACAAAUUUUAGGAAAUUUUUUUUAACUUCACAACAGCAUGAAUUUCUUUGAAUUAAUUGAAUUAAUUUGCCUUAACAUUUGAGUUUUAUUUAAGGUAUCAGCAGAAGGUAAGGUAAUGUAAUUUGUUUUGUUGAAAUUCUGCACGCCUUUAAAUCACUAGCAAAGAAAAUAUUACAAAGCUAUAUCUGAAAAUAAUUUUGGGGAAAAAAAAGUAGGUGAUUUUCUGGUGUCUGAUAACCCAAAGCAGUGGGCAAAUUCUAGGAAUGAAGAAUUAGGCUUGGUUUCAAGUUACAUAAAUAAUAGAACAGAUGGUUGCCUUUGGGUCUUGAACCAAAAUAAGACUUAUAAAGGAGUGAGUUGUUAGAGCAGACCUUUACUAGCAUGAAAUUAUACAUUACUCUACAUCCACCCUUUGAGAAUUGAUUUAUCACAAAAUUAUGUCUUUUUUUAAGUCCACUCCCCCAAAAUGUGAAUUCCUUCCAUGGAUUAUCUUUAUAUAUC